UGCGCACUGCAGACUGCGGAUCUCCCAAGUCACUGUCCAGAAGAUUUUUGGGCCACUUCCAGGCUGGAGCAUCUGAGGUGAAUGAAAGCGACUCCAUUCUCGCCGAGGGGUGCAGAGAAUCGUGCAUUGAGCAGUGCGAAAUGGGAACAGAAAAUUGCACUGCUUGUAAGCUUUCAUCGCCCUCACGCGGACCUCUCUUCGGUGGCGUGCCGGGGCUCCCCGACUCUCUGCUUCACUGCCCCAGACUUCGUCUUAGUCGUCUCCGGCUACUCUACCGGGUGCUGAGAAAUGUGAGAGGUGUUGCGUGCUGUUAACCCACUGAGCGCAUGUAUGCUUUUAUUGUACGAGUGAAGCGAACGUUUGCGAAGGUUGUACUGUGCGCUGCUGGUAGCGAGAGGAUCCGACAGCACCGUGGAGGGAGGCUCGGACCUUCUGUUUUUCAGUUUGGAGCAGAGUAAGGAGUAAGAAGGAAUAGCCGGUUCUUGAACGCUGAUGUUAAAUCUGUCCUCUUGAGAUUGGAUAGUGUCUCACCUUCUAAGGUGGGUGCGGGAGAUGCUGGGGUUUCAUUACUGCGUCAACGUCAGAAACUUUUUGCCGUCACAGCAGAUUUUACGGGGACAGCAGACGGACUUGGGAACGCUUUUCAGCGUCGGUGGCUGCUUGCACCGUCGGCUGUGUGAGCUGUCUGGGCGUUCGACGUGUGGGUUACUGCUCGUCUUGCCUGGGCCGUUGGGUGUGUUUUGUCUUGUGUUCCAGGCUCUAAGUCCCGAGGUCUAUCUCUGUUGCAAUCGGAGCUUGGCCUCGAAACAGGCGUCAGGGCGGGGAUAUGGAGCCUUCUACCGUAACUCUGGUCCCAUGGUUUAUCUUAAGUCUCCUGGACUGCUUCAAGGCCUGCAAACUGGAGUAGCUGUGCUAUGUGGACGGGGAUGGGGCCCCCACAGCCGGUCUAAGAACAUGUGUGCCGUGCCCGGAGCAAACAUUCAGCAUGGAAUAGUAGUCUGGAUGGUGGGAAGGGAGCUCGUGGUGUGGGGAACUUGGGAGAAUGAGGUCCUCUGCUUGACGUUGCGGUGGUCAUGGGUCUCUAGUGCUGGCUCUGCUGACAUCGCCGUUGGAGCGAAGUGCUCAAGUUUGUUUUCUAGUGCAAGAAGCUCAGUGUUUCUGCAGGUACGGAAUGUUGGAUUUUGA